AUGAUGUCAAGUGAUCCUUAUGUUGUCUUAAAUCUAGGGAAGCAAAAACUUCAAACAACAGUUGGGAAUAGUAAUUUGAACCCCGUACGGAAUCAAGAACUCAUGUUGUAUGUUCCUGAGACUGUAAAACUGAUUGGGAAAUGGUUAAAGCCACAUGAUAACCCGCUAAUAGAUGACAGCAUCAUUAUUAUUGUUGAUGGGAAAUUGAGGCAGGAGGUUCAGAUUGAGCUUCAGAAUGUAAAGUCUAACCGCGUCUUAUCUUAG